ACCAACCAACCACCUUUUUUUUUUGGAGUGGGGCUUCUUGUUUUGUCCCCUGGGGGAGGUUGCAGUCUUCUCCUCCCCCAAACCCCCUCGGUCUGGUGCCUGUCUCUUGGCCGUUGGUGGGUGACUGUGUCCCUCUGCCUUUUGCUCUUUCUCUGAGCCGAGAGCCUCCCUCGCUGCUGCUGCUGCUGCUGCUUCUCGCUCUCUCUCUCUCUCUCUCUCUCUCUCCCACCAAGAUGGCGGACUUGGAGGCUGUGCUGGCUGAUGUGAGCUAUUUAAUGGCGAUGGAGAAAAGCAAGUCGACUCCAGCCGCCAGAGCUAGCAAGAAAAUCGUACUCCCAGAGCCCAGCAUACGUAGUGUUAUGCAAAAGUACCUGGAGGAAAGAGAUGAACUAACCUUUGAGAAGAUCUUCAACCAGAAAAUUGGAUUUUUGCUCUUCAAAGAUUUUUGUCUGAACGAAAUUGAUGAAGCCGUUCCCCAGCUGAAAUUUUAUGAAGAGAUCAAAGACUAUGAAAAGUUAGACUCUGAAGAAGAUCGUUUGUGUAGAAGUCGACAGAUCUAUGACAAAUAUAUAAUGAAAGAAUUACUGUCCUGUUCACAUCCUUUCUCCAAGCAAGCUGUGGAUCAUGUGCAAACCCAUUUGGCCAGGAAGCAGGUGCCACCCACUCUCUUCCAGCCAUACAUAGAAGAGAUCUGUGACAGCCUACGGGGAAAAAUAUUUCAGAAAUUUAUAGAGAGUGACAGGUUCACUAGGUUUUGCCAGUGGAAGAAUGUAGAACUAAACAUCCAUCUAACGAUGAAUGACUUCAGUGUACAUCGAAUAAUCGGAAGGGGAGGAUUCGGCGAGGUAUAUGGCUGCAGGAAAGCUGAUACUGGAAAAAUGUAUGCCAUGAAGUGUUUAGAUAAAAAGCGAAUCAAGAUGAAACAGGGAGAAACGUUAGCCCUGAAUGAACGAAUCAUGUUGUCACUGGUCAGCACUGGGGACUGUCCUUUUAUAGUCUGUAUGACCUAUGCUUUCCACACACCUGAUAAGCUGUGUUUUAUUCUUGACCUGAUGAAUGGUGGAGAUUUGCAUUAUCAUCUUUCACAGCAUGGAGUGUUCUCCGAGAAGGAGAUGAGGUUCUAUGCUGCUGAGAUUAUGCUGGGCCUUGAACAUAUGCACAACCGAUUUGUAGUAUACAGAGACCUGAAGCCAGCAAAUAUUCUCCUGGAUGAACAUGGUCAUGUGAGGAUAUCAGACCUUGGGCUUGCCUGUGAUUUCUCAAAAAAGAAGCCCCAUGCCAGCGUUGGUACCCACGGAUACAUGGCUCCAGAGGUGUUACAAAAAGGAACAGCAUAUGACAGCAGUGCAGAUUGGUUUUCUCUGGGGUGCAUGCUCUUCAAACUCCUUCGAGGGCACAGCCCAUUCCGACAGCACAAAACAAAGGACAAGCACGAGAUUGACCGCAUGACACUCACAAUGAAUGUGGAAUUACCAGAUUCUUUUUCUGUGGAAUUGAAGUCUCUCUUGGAAGGCCUGCUACAGCGAGAAGUUGCCAAGAGGCUGGGUUGUCUUGGACGAGGAGCUGUAGAAGUGAAAGAACAUCCUUUUUUUAAAGGCAUUGACUGGCAACAAGUCUACUUACAGAAGUAUCCACCUCCACUCAUUCCUCCUCGGGGAGAGGUGAAUGCAGCUGACGCAUUUGACAUAGGAUCAUUUGAUGAAGAAGACACAAAAGGCAUCAAGCUGUUGGAUAGCGACCAGGAACUGUAUAAGAAUUUCCCUCUGGUGAUAUCAGAACGUUGGCAACAGGAGGUGGCAGAAACUGUGUACGAUGCAGUCAAUGCUGACACUGAUAAAAACGAGGUCAGGAAGAGAGCGAAGAAUAAGAUGCUUGGUCAUGAGGAAGAUUAUGCCCUAGGGAAAGACUGCAUUAUGCAUGGUUAUAUGCUGAAACUAGGAAACCCUUUCCUGACCCAGUGGCAACGUCGUUAUUUCUACCUCUUUCCAAAUCGGCUGGAAUGGAGAGGAGAGGGCGAGUCACGGCAAAGCCUGCUGACAAUGGAGCAGAUAGUGUCGGUGGAAGAGACUCAGAUUAAAGAUAAGAAAUGUAUCCUCCUGCGGAUUAAGGGAGGAAAGCAAUUUGUGCUGCAAUGUGAGAGUGACCCAGAGUUCAUCCAGUGGAAGAAAGAAUUAACGGAAGCCUUCAAUGAGGCUCAGAGGGUCCUGCGAAGAGCCCCUAAGAUGCUGAAUAAGUCACGUUCAGCGGUGGUAGAGCUGACCAAACCCCCCCUCAGCCACAGGAACAGCAAUGGGCUUUAAGGGAGAGCACUUAUGUGUGAGUGGGGGAACAGAAACAAGAGACCUGAGGAUGGUUUUGUGCAAACUACUUCUAUAUCACCUCGUACGUGGUCCAGCUUGUCGUUAUUAGUUAAUUAUACGAUCCCAUAAAACAGGGCGUGCGUGUGUGCGUGCAUGUGUGUGCAUGUAUGUAUAUAUAUCAAAAACAUAUAUAUAUACACACAUAUGGAAACAUAUAUUUAUAUGUGUGUGUAUAUAUAUAUAUAUAUAUAUAUAAAAUAUAUGUGGCACACAUCUAACUAGAUAUGAAUGUGAGACUUUUUGAACAAUUUGGCUGUGUAUUUUCUAUUGAAAGUAUUGAUGAAUGAGUGUAGCAUCUGUUAACUGCAACCACAGUGACCACUGCGGUUCAUGAGCCAACUCCACAGGAAUGGAUUAGAGGAUGUUGCCAAAUAAUUUUGGAGAAUUUAUUUUGUCAUGUGUCAUUGCGCCCUGGUGGUGUUCUUUGCUUCAUAACAGAGGGUCGGAGGAACAUUGACAUACAAAGCAAGUGGCUGACUGGACCUGUGUUUUCAGUCACUGAUUUCACUCAGAUUUUUUUGCUCCUGGACUGCAACAUUUCACAUAGAACAUUGACCCAUCAUCGGUGGUCCAUCUGUCGCUCUGCUCUCAAAAUGCUGAUUUGUGACAUUAUCUGUCACCAGUAGCACCAUGUGCCAAUCAAUAUCAUCGUCAUCUGACCUGGGUUUCUUUCGCUAUUUCAGACUCGCUAUUGUGCCACGUAUCUUGUGUUUACCAGCUGCUGCUUUCUGUACGUACCUAACAUUGGGUGAUUGUAAACAUCAGUUGGAUGAUGGAUUACUUUGUUUCUAUGGUUACCAGAGCAGUUACAUUUGAUUCUUGUUAUACGGACUGUGAUAAACAACGGUGUGUUGGUGCUUAAUUUCUCUCCCCACUACCCUUCCUCCCCCUCACCCCACCCUGCUCCAUAUCCCUGCUAAUUGCAUUGUUUUUUUGAUGACAAGAACGAUUGCUGCCACACUGGAUCGCCAGGUUGCCUACGUGUUAAUAACCGCUCUCAGCUGUCGCUAAGUUUUCAUGGCUACUUGGAUGUUGCUUUUUGGCCUGUUUUAUUGAUAGGGUUUCAGUGGUUGCUAGAUGACAACACAGUCACACUUCAUUGUCGAGUUUCCAUGGAUAACGAAUGACAUGGAUCAGUGUGUUUUGCCAAAUAUUUAUGGCUACUGGAUAUAUAACUAUAGUUAUUGAUUCAUGACCCAUCGUGCUUCUGUGAUGCCUGGUUCCAGCGUGGACUAUUCUGCUACUGCUGGGCAAUUUUCAGUUAUAGUACUUAAUCAGAUGCUGAUCUACAGACCUAGCCUGGUCCUGGUUUCUGUGUUCACAGAUACUGAUCCAGGAUUACUGGACACCAUUCCAUUGUGAGAAUACUUGUCACAGUUUGGAAGAUUUUGAAAUCAUUGCGUUGAUGGGACAUAAACGUGUGCUGCAACUCAUCCUUUACUCCAGUGAAACAAAAAAAUUUAGGAAUCCCUACAUUCUACAACACUUCUGAUCCAAGCAGCACUUGAUUUGUUUUGUAAAGUCUUUGUCCCCUUCCCACCGUGAAGUGCAAAGUGCCAAUGGACUUUACAGAUUAAGGAAGAUUUAAAAAAACAAUGAUUGAAGAGAAAAAAAUAUUUAUCAUAGAUAUUACUGUGCAAGUGUGUACAUAAUGUUUAAGAACUAAUAUACCAAGAAUCCAUGGUAACAACUUGAGAAUAUCUUUAAAUGGUGAUUGCGUAGCAUGAGUUGCUUUAUCGACAUGUCUUCUAUGAACAGUGACCAUGCAUUGUUACAUCUUUAACUGGUCAGUCACAAGGGUCAGCUAUUAAUCCGAAUUUAGGGAGCAACAUCAACGCUGAAAUUCAUUCUUUUUUUGUUGCAUUUUGUUUUAGCUACAGUACCACUAAAAUGUUUAAACCUCAUAUUUCAACUGUAAAAAAACACAAAGAUGAUGUGUAUAGUUUUUCUGGUUAUAUUUUUGUUUAGAACUACGGCAUUUAGUGUGUACUGAAAAAUAAUAAUAACAAGGACAGGAUUGGGCUCACAAUUUACCACGACCAUUGCCAUGGUCUGCUGCUUUAACAGAAAUGACAGUCAGAAUGAUGAAAACAAAACUAGUCUAUGGUCUGUCCUGAUUGAUUGUCAUUCAGGAUGAUGUCAUAAUAAUGAGUUCUGUUGCCAAGAGUGAUGAUGUUACUUGCUUGUUCUUUGAAUCAGUAAUAAAUAUGUACCCUGGCUUGUCACAAGGGUACAUAUGGCAUUGUUGAGCCUAAAGGGCUUAGGCUUGGUUGAUUAACAUUAACAUUAAUGUCUAUGAUACAAUAAGAAAACUGAUGUAUAUCUCUCGCUUAUCCAGGAAAACAUUUUACCACGUUAUUUCCUCUCCUCUUCUUCCUCCUUGACCCCACAAAAAGCAAUGAAAAUGGAUACUGUAUACUUCCAUCUGCAUGAUUUCACAGUGCCAUCUGGUGUGAAGCCAGCAUUGAUGAGCAAUUGCACAGACAAGAGAUUUUAUCUUUUUCAUGUUCGUACUUUAGUGCUUUUUGAAUUGAUGCAAUAAUGACAAAUUUCAGACUCAUAAAGGAAAUAUUGGUGCAGUUUAUAUGUUUCAAAAAGGGACAGGGUCAAUCUUUACAGGUCACCUUUUAAAACAAAUAGUGCCUAAGGUGCUGUAUGCAAAUAAAAAACCAUAAGGAUAAGAUAAGAUGAGGUUAACAGAUGUAAUCAAUAAGUCCCUAAUCAAUAACUUGACUAAUUCUGCAUUAUUGUAGGAGUUAUCUCUGCUAAUGCACUUUUUGUUGUAGUUUUAUUUUCUGGUCAAAAAUUAACUUAUUUCAACAGAAACUUUUCUGAUAAUGAUAUGGGCUUUGCUACCUUGGUAACUCCAUAAACCUGUAACACUCAGAUUUUUCUUUUUCCAUCUGGGCAGAGAGUAGAGAGGAAAAUUAGAUAGGGGAAUUGGCAGGUCCCUAACAGAACCUCCGGUUAAUAGAAAGAGAAUCAGUUGUGUUCUGUAGCAGGCGUGCCAUCCCCCCUGUUCAAUUUCCCCAUCUAUGCUGCACUCAGGCAGUACUUAACAAAAAGACAAAGGGAAACCCCCCCCGCCAAUUGGGGGGCGUUGUCUGGGGGCAGGCGUGAAUCCGAUCGGGGCCGCGCCGCCAUUUUACAUGGCAUGAUGCUCGCCCGGAAGUGCUGAGCACUCCCUGUGCAGGCGGGGUGGGGAUUCCUUGAGUCGGGGCCUGCGCUCUUUCACGCAUGCGUGCAAAAGGGCGCAGAAAUCUCCCUGAGGCACAGAGCUGUCUCGAAAUCAGUUUAAGGUUCUACAAUUUAAAUAAAGGAAAAUAAAACUUUUAAAGCAUAUCCCCUAAUGAGACAGUAUCACGUGAGAUGCAACAUGUCAAUGAAUUUUUAAAAUAAUUUUUAUUGAAUUUUAAAACAC